UGUGAUCGAACAUUUUAAUCACUAGAACAUUCACAGGGCUCUCUGUAAAAGGCUUAAAACCGAAGCAUGUUCAAUGAAGUCAUAUCUUUGAUGCUGCUGGAAUGAACAGAAAGCUUUCUGCAAGCAGCUAUUCUGAUAAGAAGAUCCGGCAGACAGCUUUGUCAUGACAAGAUCUUGACUUCAAUCUAUCUCUUUCAAUCCCCGAAGAACGUGCCUCAAGAUCAAUCCUCUCACGAUGUCAACUUCACAGAUUUGGCUCAUCACAGGCACUUCCUCUGGAUUUGGAGAGGCGUUCGUGAAGGAUCUUCUCGCCCGUGGCGACAAAGUCAUUGCUACAGCUCGCAAUACAUCUAGGAUCGCGCAUCUCAAGCAGUUAGGUGCAGCCACUAUACAACUCGACGUAACCGCAUCACAAAAAGAGCUUGAGAACACCGCCAAAGAAGCUAUCAACAUUUAUGGCAAGAUCGACGUCUUGGUGAACAACGCUGGUUACUCACACUUUGGGACGUUCGAAGACUCCAGACCCGAAGACUGGCAGAAGCAGUUCGAUACUAAUGUUUUUGGUGCCAUCAACACGACGCGCGCCUUCCUGCCCCACCUCCGCGGCAACAAGUCCGGAACCAUAGUCUUCAUCGGCUCCGCUGCAGCGUUGAGUGGAAUGCCGCUUCUGAGCCUAUACUGUGCUUCAAAGUUUGCUUUGACGGGCGCUGCUGAAUCACUGUCCCAAGAAGUUGCGCCUUUCGGUAUCCGCACGUUGAUCGUUCAGCCGGGCUUCUUCCGAACCGCGUUCCUGAGCGAAAUGAACCCCGCCUAUAUAGACACAGAUAUCGAUGACUACAAGGAGAUCGUGAGCAACACAUACGGGCAGUUUAAGUCAGCAGAUGGCAAGCAGCCUGGCGACCCUGAAAAAGGAGCAAAUCGUGUGAUUGAUGUCGUCAAAGGAGAAGGUCUUGCCAAGGGUAAGGGUUUCCCAGGCACCCUGAUGUUGGGUGCAGACGUUUGGAGCGGAGCGAAGCAAAGGGUGAACUCUGAUCUGAAGCUUCUUGAGGAGUGGGAGAAGGUGAGCGAUGGUCUGGAUCAUUGAUAGGCAAGACCAGGAGUAUCAAUACGGAAACAAAUAGUACAAGACGGCUCCACUCGCCUGCGCUGCGAGCUUGUGCUGUUGUAGCUCUCGCUUUCUGGGUACGGCCCAGCAUCAAUCUGUAUGAGAGUAAAAAUUCCGAGACCUCGUUGGCGGGGCUGUUGAUGACUCGAAAACGC